ACGUAUUGUAGUCCAUGUCCAUGCACGAAGAAGAAGAAAUAGCGGAUUGGAGUUAUUACGUAUUGCCAAGUAGACCAUGCAUCCUACACACCCCUCCAAGCUGACACGUAGCCUUGCCACUCUGCCAUCUCAUCAUUGCACACGUCUUCCUCUCUCCCUCACUGCCUAUAAAUCCACUCCACUCUCUUCUUCUCACUCAAUCUCCAUGCAUACAUUACUCUUCGAUAGAUAUAUAGAAAUGGCGAACGGCAGUGGCAGCGCGGCGGCGGGUGGCGGAUCCGGCGACCAACAGCCUCCGUCGUCGCGGCGGCACAACCCGCGGGCCGUCAGCCGGAAAGGCUGCAUGAGGGGAAAAGGAGGCCCGGAGAACGCUAGCUGUACUUAUAAAGGCGUUCGCCAGCGGACUUGGGGGAAAUGGGUUUGCGAGAUUCGCGAGCCGAACCGCGGCUCGCGUAUCUGGCUUGGGACUUACGAAAACUCGUAUGACGCCGCCGUGGCGUACGACGCUGCGGCUCGUUACAUCUUCGGCGCCAAAGCCAAGCUCAACCUCCCCCAUCUCUGGGAGAACGAGCCCCCGCCGCCCAGCCUCGGCGUCGGCUCGAGCUAUCCCUUUCCCAGGCUCAAUAACCCCAGCCAGCUGCUGCCAUCCCCUGAAACCUGCGCUGACGGGAGCGGCGGCUCAACGGUCCCCGCGGCUUACGGAAACUGCGCCUCAUCAUCAACCAGCUCGGCUCAUCACCAAAACGCUUCCAUUUUCAACGGCGAUAACAGCUCUGUCAUCUCUCCCGCCGCUCCACCACCGCUCCAGAACAUUAAGCUCCCGAAACUUGACAUGAACGAGAAGGCGCCGGAAAAUGAGGUGGAGGGAAUGUGGGGGACCUUCAACCUGAACGGCUUACCGGAGAUUGACGACUCGUCAAUGUGGGCGGAGGCGACCGCCACCAGCGACAUUCAGGCCGCCGUGACUGACCCUGGGAUUUUCGACGGGAAGAUGUGGACUGCCGUGGACUACCCCUGGUACCCCUGAAAAUCAAGCACUAAUUAGUGUUUUUUUCAAUGGAGCGGGGUGUGGGGCGUUAUAUAUGGAGUAUAUUAUUAUAAUUAAUAUAAUGAAUAUUCAAUCUAUUUAUUAAAAAAAAAAAAAAAGAAAAAGAA